UAUACACUGCAGUUGCAUAAUUUCACUAUUUAUUUUUCUUAAUAAUGCAGUAUUUUUUUGAAUGGAUGUGGUGAUAAAACAUUCUAAUUUAUUUGCUAUGCUCUUUAAUAAUUCUAAAAUGUUAAUAAUGCACCCAGUAUAAAAUUAUGACAAUAUAAUAGAUCCAGCUGGGGUUGACUCGACAUACAGAUAUUGACAAUAACUGUGAUAUUUAAAAAUGAAAUGUUGAUACAUGUGGAUAAAUAACUCAGCGCCUCUUAAAACAUUUCUGUUUCUUUCCAUUCCUGCUUUGUCUCCCUCCCCAAACACCAUGUGGUUGCCUUUUCACUACCCAUUACCUGUAAUAGCUCUUUUUGUACGAUUUUGUUUAGUUAUGGUUACAGACUCUUUCUCCACCUCCCUACAAUCGUAUUUUGAGUGUAUGGAAGUGGGUUUCUUUGCCAAGAAAAAGAGACAAAAUGCACAGUAUAAAAAGUUAAAGAUAAUGUGACUGAUAGCUUCUUUUUUUCACAUUUUCUAUAAAUGUCGUGAUAAUAUCGUUAUCAUGAACUCUUUUGGUCAGAGUAGUUGUGUUGUGAAAAUCUGAUUUUGUGCCAGCCCUAGAUCAAGCUGUGAACAAAUAAAUGACACAGACUAUUUUUGAAAGAAGGUGUUGGCUUUUGGCUUUGUGAGAGAACCAUUAGUUUUUAUAUCUUUGGAUUAUUCAAUUCUUUCUAAAUUUUAAAUAUUUGCGAGUAUGGCCUAUUAUGGUUUAAAAAUGCUACUGGUGGUUAGUUAUAUAACAGGAGUAGUACAGACAAGAACAAGGGAUUAAUGAUGGGUUUAUAAUGCUUGAGUUCACUCCCUUCUACCUCAUAGAAUUCUUAGGUGACAAAGCAAACUACUUAUUAAAUACAUUCUUGAGCAUAAAUGUCCUGACUUGACAUUCAUGACGUUAAUGGCAUCUGGGAGAGUCUAUUCUCAUCAAAUGAUUUUAAUACCAUAAGCACUUACGAGAUAGUCUUUUAUAAGUCCCUCAGCACAAACAUGAGCAAGUUAAUACUAAUUGCAGGUCUUUCUUUGAUCAUCACCAGUUUGGCCUCCUCCUACAAACUGAUGUGUUACCACACCAACUGGUCCAAAAAUAGAAUGUCCAAUGGGAGAUUCACACUUUCAGAUAUUGAUCCAAACCUGUGUACCCAUCUGAUCUACGCCUUUUCUGGCAUUAAUUAUGCCAAUGAGCUGGACCCUAACGAAUGGGGUUACGCACAAAGUUACAUUUCCUUUAACGGACAAAAAGAUAGCAAUCCAGAUCUCAAAACCCUUCUGGCAGUUGGUGGUUGGACCUUCGGCACACAAAAAUUCAGCACGAUGGUAUCAACUGCAGCCAACAGAGAAAAAUUCAUCCAGUCAUCCAUCACACUACUGAGAAGGUAUGGGUUUGAUGGGAUAAACCUGGACUGGGAAUUUCCUGCGACACGAGGGAGCCCUCCAGAGGACAAACAGAAAUUCACACUGCUGUGCAAGGAACUCCGAAUUGCUUAUGAGGCUGAGCGAACACUGACUGGGCAUCCCAGAUUAUUGGUCACUGCUGCUGUGGCUGCUGACGAUCCAACCAUCAAUAUCAGUUAUGAAAUCGCUGAGCUUGCCACGUACCUGGAUUUCAUUAAUGUGAUGGCAUUUAACCUCCAUGGUGCCUGGGAGGGGGUCACCGUGCAUCACAGUCCCUUGUACCAGAGAUCCCAAGACACAGGAAGCAGCGCAUACCUUACCACUGACUUUGCAAUGCAGUAUUGGCUGAAGCACGGGGUACCUGCUGAAAAGCUAAUAAUGGGAAUUGCUGCAUAUGGGCGAACUUUCACCCUGUCCUCACAAUCCAGUGAGGUUGGAGCACCAAUUAGUGGUGUUGGCAAUGCAGGCCAAUACACCGGGGUGGCAGGCUUCUGGUCCUACUAUGAGAUUUGUCUUUACCUUGAAGGAAAAACAGUCCAUUGGAUCGAUGACCAGAGAGUUUCAUAUGGCACCACAGGAAAUCAAUGGGUCGGAUUUGACGACAAAGAUAGCCUUACUGCUAAGGUGGACUACAUAAAAAAAAACAACUUUGGAGGAGUCUCUGUCUGGUCUUUGGACCUGGAUGAUUUCAAUGGACAGUUCUGUAAAGACGGCAAAUACCCAUUCAUCAGCCAUCUGCGUACUCUUCUGCUAUCAGAGACUCCACCUGUAAAGCCAACAAGCCAGCCUGGCACUGGAACUUCAGCCAUUACCACAACUGCCGCAACCACAACUGCUUCUACCACUACCACUACCGCUGCCGCUGCCGCUGCCACAACUCCCACCUUUACAACCCCUCUCACUACUACCACCACCACCACUACCACCGCCACUACAACCCCUCUCACCACUACCACCGCUACCUCCACAACCCCCCUCCCCACCACUACCGACACCACUACGACCCCAGCCACCACCACUAAAAACCCCUGUACUAAAGGAAAUGGUCCACAACCCAACCCUACUAACCUAAACUCUUUUUAUCUUUGUGCCAAUGGCAUACCCUACCCUCUACACUGCCCCAAGGGUUUAGUGUUCCAAACAAAUUGCAAAUGCUGUACCUGGCCUUCAUGAGUGUGCAUCAUUAAUAUUACUAUCCAUAAGCAGUAAAAUAUACUUAUUAACAAAGACAGUGUAUUACUAACAGCUGUUGCAUAUAAUUUAUUUUUAUUUCAUCACUGCUAAAAAAAAAAGCUCUAUCUUCUAUGCUUACUUUAUGGUACUGUCAAGCUCUCAUGGUAAUAGUAAUAAACUGUAGUCAUAA